UGACCUGUUGGUUGGCUGUGAAGGCAGACCCUGGAGAUGAAGACUCUGUUCCUGGCCAUCAGUUUCUGCCUGGCUGCUGCCCUGCAGGUCCAGGACUUAUCGCCUCUUACUCUGAAUAGCGGGCAUUUUUCUGGAAAGUGGUUCAUGAAGGCCUUGGUGAUGAAAGACGGGAUCCCGAUAAAGAAGGUUUCUCCUAUAUUUGUGUUGGUGCUGGACAAUGGUGACAUGGAGUUUUCUAUCACAUAUAUACUCUUUGGCCAGUGUAUGGAAGUGACAACCAUCUUGGAGAAAACAGAUGUGCCUGGCAAUUACAGUGCCUUUGAGGGUAAGAGUCACAUGCAGGUGCAGCUGUCUUCUGUAAAGGACCACUGGAUACUCUACUGUGAAGGGGAGAUGGACGGCGUGAGCAUCACAAUGACCCAGCUCAUAGGGAGGGACUUCAAGGAAAACCUAGAGGCCUUGGAAGAAUUUAAGGAGUUCACACAGAAAAAGGGACUUGUACCAGAGAACCUGGUCAUACCCGAGCAGAUGGAAAAAUGUGAACCGGAGAGUUAAGAGGGUAAGUGACCUUUGAAGCCAACUAGAGCCUUGGGAUUCAACAGGGCCUCGAGAUCCACCCAGAAGCCCUCAAUUGCAUCGAGGAAUGACCCGAUCUCUGUGUCCCAACACCCUGUGUUCCUUUAGCUUCGUUCCCGGGUCAUUCAAGCCUU